UAUUUCUUUUACGCAUGCGUGUGACUGUAGCAUUGUUAAGCUAACAGAAGCAUUAUUUUAAAACAUGUCAGAGAAAGGAGAAGUGGAUUUAACUGGUGCCAAGCAGAACACGGGUGUGUGGCUUGUAAAGGUGCCCAAAUACCUCUCUCAACAAUGGGCCAAAGCUACUGGCAGAGGCGAUGUCGGGAAACUCCGAAUCUGCAAGAAAGUAAACCAAGCAAAAGCCGAGGUGUCUUUCACUUUAAACGAAGAGCUGACUGUGAUUGACGGUAUAGAAGAUAAGACGGUGUCGGCGCCACGUGACCACCCGUUCACCAUGCAGUCAGUGGGAGGGCAGACGUUGGCGGUCUUCACAGAGAAUUCAUCAGGCCAGUCAGAAGAAAGAUCUGAUGGCAGCAGCUCAGUUACGGGGGCGGGGGCAGGCCCAGAUAAAAUAGCCUUGGAGGGAGUGGUAGUGCAGAGAGCAGAGUGCAGACCUGCUGUUAGUGAAAACUAUAUGAAGCUCAAGAGGUUACAAAUUGAAGAGUUGUCCAAGCCAGUGAGACUGUCCCAGCAGUUGGAUAAAGCAGUCACCAGCAACUACAAACCUGUGUCCAACCAUACUUACAAUCUUGAGUAUGAUCGGAAAAAGAAGGAGGAGGGCAAGAGAGCAAGAGUUGACAAACAGCAGGUGUUGGAUAUGUUGUUUUCUGCUUUUGAGAAGCACCAGUACUACAACAUCAAGGACCUGGUGGAUAUCACCAAACAGCCUGUGAUUUACUUGAAGGAAAUCUUGCGUGAUAUUGGCGUCUACAAUGUGAAGGGAACACACAAGAAUACCUGGGAGCUCAAACCAGAAUACCGACAUUACCAAGGCGAUGAAAAGACUGACGAAUAGUUUGACCCUCCCAAGGCCGAUACACCACAUGUUCAUUUGAUGGAGACCAGUUCUGGGUUGGACCUUGAAGUUAUCUCCUGAUAUUCUUAAAUCAGAUCUCAAAACACACUGGAUGUUGAGGUCAAGCAAAGGUGGAGUAUUGGCAUUUAGAAACUGAUUGAGGUUUCAGAGCUCAAGCACACCGUUGAGGUAACAGCCACCAUUAUUUAAAUUAGUUCUAUCCAUUAGUCACAUGACAGCAUUUUACGAAGCAAAAGAAGCAUAUAUGAUCUCUGGUUAACAAUUAAAAAAAAUGUUUCAAGAUAAGUGUAUAUAUAUAUAUAUAUGGUGUAAGGUUUAAUUUUGAGGUUGAGUGGAAGAAUGUGACGGGUAAUAGUUCUCACCACUAAAUUGUGCUGAGUUUUUUUAGACUUGAAUGUUAUUUUAAGUGUUAAAUUUUCUACAUGUCUUGAAGACAGUCUCCCUGAACCAUACUUGUCUUCACUGUAAUUUUAAAUUGUUUCACAUUCAACUAAUGCAAUAAAUGUUUCAAUAGAAAA